AUGGCCAGUCGGCUUCAAAGGCUAUGUGAAUUGGCUAUAGAGCUUCGAGUUUUGGGGAAAGAACAAAAGGCAUCUGAGGGGCUGAAGAUCCCAGAUUUUAAAGAGGCAGCUUGCUGGUGCGUCGCUAUUCAGGACAUGGGCGAGUCAGUCGAUCCCUCUCUAAUGGUACCCCUGAGCGACGAUUUGUUUGUUAGUUUCUACCACAACACUGGUCUAAAACUCCGACACUUUCAAGUAUUCUUUUACUCCGGGUUUGAUCAUCAAGCUAUAUGCAAUGAGCUUGGCCUUCCUCCAAUGUUUAUCAGCAGGUCAUAUGCUUAUUGCUCAUACUCUAUAAGAUCUACGAAGUUGAAGAGAUUGGAAAUCGAAAAGUACUUGCCUUGGCUUACAGACCACGGUUUUAUGGCACAGACGCCUAGCGACUCUCUAAACCUGGGUUUGAACGUCCAUGCCACCGGUGCACAUUUUGUUGCAGCUCAAGCAGGGUCAUAUUUAAGAGUUGUGGUAAACGACCCCGGAUGUGUUGAAGACUGCCACUGGUUACAAUCAGCUAGAGACCUCUUUUGUUUUCUAGCUGAGGUUCCUGACCGCGAUGAAUGCAGUUGCUGGUGUCACAUGGAUGGAGAAGGCUGUUCUCCUAUUCAAUUACGAUACAGAACUCGUGCGCAUGAUGGAAGCCGCGCUCUCUUCAACAUGGUGAUUAUGCGGCAUGAGUACUGGGAAUACACCUGCCUCAACACUAUUUGGUUAGAGUCCAAUCUAUUCAAAAUUCCUAGUAACGUCGAGGGAGGACCGAAACCUCCAGACAGUCAACCUUUGGCUCAAGCGUUAGAGUUCAUUCGAUUGCUGACGUUCGAAGCCCUCGAGAUGAGACACACUUGCUGCAUGUACAGAGAGCUGGACAAUCCUGGGAUCAAGCUGGGGAAGGGGCUCUCCCUUCGUUACGGCGAACACCCCAUCAAGUUUAUACUCAACUGUAGUCCAGAAACAGCUGAUGCUAUUCGAGACGAUUCGUAUGAACAAACAAGUGCCAGGCUUUUGGAUACUCUGAUGACCGAAUUCGAGAUUUGCUUGAGACAAGACUAUCACGGAAAGACUGUCUCGGACUUUAUUUCUGGAUAUUGGCAGCAUCGUAUACAGAAUCUCUACGCUGUUCGAGAAGAAGAAAUCGAGAGAAUGGAACGAAUACUGGGCAAUGUACAAACAAGUGAGUGCAAAUUGCUUACACUUUUGAUAAGGAUAACAACUCAAUAA